AGGGAGUCAGCCCGCCUGGCCUCGGGAUCCGCUCCGGGUCGGUUGGUCGGUGUGUCUGGGCAUCCGUGCGUCCCAGCUGCCCUUGCCAUGGCGUCCUGGCUGCUGCUCCUGUGGCUGCUGGCUCUGUUCCCGGGCGCGGCUCCGGUCCCCUUCAAACCCCGGGCCGCCGGCGCACGGGCCUGGGAACCAUCGUCCCCGGAGCUGCUGGCACCCGCUCGCUUCGCCCUGGACGAGUACAACCGCGGCCGCGCUGCGGGGUCGCGGGCAGUGCUGGGGACCGUCCGCGGGCGCGUCCGCCGGACGGCCCAGGGCUCGCUGUACUCACUGGAAGCCACUCUAGAGGAGCCACCUUGCAAGGAUCCCUUAGUGUGCCUCCUCCCUGUGUCCAAGAAAACCAUGCUCUGCACCUUCGAAAUCCUGAAUGAACUAGGAAAACACAUUCUGCUGAGGCGGGACUGUGGCCCAGUGGAUACCAAGGUUACAGACAACAGAAAUGAGAGUGUCAGCUCAUUUCUUCCACAGUUGAACAGUGAUCCCCUGCAGCAGGACUUUUCUAUGAAGAUAACUUCAGUCUUCAAGGAUUUUGUUGCUACCUAUAACCGGACUUAUGAGUCAGAGGAAGAAGCCCAGUGGCGUCUGUCUGUCUUUGCCAGAAACAUGGUGCGAGCACAGAAGAUUCAGGCCUUGGACCGUGGCACAGCUCAGUAUGGGGUCACCAAGUUCAGUGACCUCACAGAGGAGGAAUUCCAUACUAUCUACCUGAAUCCCCUCCUACGAGAGGAGCCUAGCAAGAAGAUGCGCCUAGCCAAGUCUCUGACUGAUCCUGCUCCACCUGAAUGGGACUGGAGGAAGAAGGGGGCUGUCACUGAAGUCAAGGAUCAGGGCAUGUGUGGCUCCUGCUGGGCCUUCUCUGUCACAGGCAACGUGGAGGGUCAAUGGUUCCUGAAUCGGGGGACCCUGCUCUCCCUUUCAGAGCAGGAACUCUUGGAUUGUGACAAAGUGGACAAGGCCUGCCUGGGCGGCUUGCCCUCCAACGCGUACACAGCCAUAGAGAAACUGGGAGGGCUGGAGACAGAGGAUGAUUACAGCUACCAGGGCCACGUGCAGGCCUGCAGCUUCUCAGCUCAGAUGGCCAAGGUCUACAUCAAUGACUCAGUGGAGCUGAGCCAGAAUGAGCAGAAGCUGGCAGCCUGGCUGGCCCAGAAAGGCCCAAUCUCCGUGGCCAUCAAUGCCUUUGGCAUGCAGUUCUACCGCCAUGGUAUUGCCCACCCACUGCGGCCCCUCUGCAGCCCUUGGCUUAUCGAUCAUGCUGUACUGCUGGUGGGCUACGGCAACCGCUCCAACAUUCCCUUCUGGGCCAUCAAGAACAGCUGGGGCAGUGACUGGGGUGAAGAGGGUUACUACUAUUUGCACCGUGGUUCUGGGGCCUGUGGUGUGAACACCAUGGCCAGCUCAGCAGUGGUGAACUGAGGAACUCGUUGGUAUGGGACCUGGUGCUGACCACAGCGACCCCUUCCUCAGCCAGACUCACAUGCCCAGGCCCCUCUACAGGAGGCACGGCUGGUGGAGGGACAGGCACUAGGUACCUCAGGGUGAGGAGGGUCUUUCCCUCUUUCCUUAUUUCCUGCUCUCAUCUUGAAGUUCCCCAGCUGCAACUUUGUUGAACUGUGGUAGCUAGGAAGAUCCUGGGGUUAAGUAGGCUUUCAUGGCAGCCAAAGCUGGGCCAGGAACCCUGGGCUCGGGUAAGGAACAGGAAGAAAAUAAUCUGAUUUUAAACCCAGCUCUGUCCUCAGCAGGCUGUAGCUUCUUGCCUUGUCUUUCCUCUGUCUGAUGCUGUAAAUUUUUCUCCUGGGUUUGGGAACAGUGUUCCUUCCACAUCCAGAAAACUUGUAACUACCUUUCUCUAACAGCAAUAAAGAGGUGUCCUGGUCUUCA